AUGAUCGCGACUCGCUCGGUGGGGCGCGGCCGCUCUGCCCUCCACAAGUCAAGCCAGCUCCACCCACGGCUGCUCUACCCGUUCGCACUGCACAGCAGGCUGCUCAUGCUCAACAACAAUAACAUCAAUAUCAACUGUUGCCGCCACCACAACGCCCCAGUCGGCCGUCUCUUUCAAACCAGGCACGCGCACACCGGCGCUCCCUUCGGCUGGACUAAUAUCAAUCAGAGCGAGGAGCCCCCGAGCCCUCCAGACCCCAAGGAAUUUACGAGGCCACCAAGCCAGCCUCAUGAGAGGGUUCGCCUCACACGCAGGCCAACACCGCCCGGAUCUAUAAUUGGGCCUGGCCCUCUGCUGCCGAGAGCAGACUCUGUCCGCACCGGCUCAUUUCUUCACUACCAUGCCGCUGUCAAGGCCCUUCUCCACGCCCUCAGGCGGGGAGAUACCUUCAAGCUGUACCUCUGUCUCGUGAGCCUGGUACGAGGCCAUAAGACAGAGACUGAAAGCCGUGCCUUCAUCGAGGCGGUGGCUAGUAUCCCUGCGACAACCUUCUCGGAAAUCCUGAGGAAUUUCGACCCCAAAAAAGUCGCGGAAGAAAUCGAUACUGCCCCUGACUUGAACAUCUCAUACGGUGCGGCGGUCCGCACACCUCUGGGCGAGCUGGUCAAUAAAUGGGGUAUCAAGAUCCUCUACGUCCGCAUCCUCCGCCGAUUGCUUCACAUCCAACUUGCUCGACGGAAAGCCGGCCUUGUCCCACUCAUGAACGACUACCCCAUCCUGAUGAGGUGUGCUGGUGCUACUUCCAACCACCGAGUUGCCAAGGAUAUUUGGUAUUCUAUGGUGGAUGACAGGCGUGCCAAUUUCAGAACCUCCGAGGCCUACAGCGAAUUCAUCAAGGCCAAGUAUCUAGCCGAGAAGAUGUACGCAAACAACGACCUGUCUAGGUUUAGAGUGCGGCCCCUGGAUAUGCAUCGCGUCAGUUUGCUUCUACCAGGGAGGGUCCGCUUGAGGCUUAGGUACAUGGCCGCGCGCAUAACGGACCGUCGAAAACACCGCUUCGGAAGUGACAUUCACGAACGCUUCUUUGAUCAACCCAUGACCAGAAUUUUUCGCAUGCGCAGGCCCUUGAUGAAGUUGCAACGCACAACGAUGCUACGCGGCUUUCAAAAUGCCAACGAAGAUCUAAUAUGCGCCCUAUUGAAGGUGAAUGGUCGGGCCGCCCGCCAGUUCGCGAGCAACUCUCUGCUGAUGCACAACUGGGGAAUAAUCAUCACAAUUGACAAAGAGACCGGUGGGAUAACAAUUGGAGGAGGUAUCACUCAUCCCCCCGACUCGCCCAGGGCACCCACAGCGGCGUUGCUCGAUGCAAUAGUUCACUGUUAUUGCUGUAUGGGGGAGGUCACCCUGGCUGUGAAACUACUCGAUUUCGUGUCGCAGCGCUUCGACAUCCCCGUUCCGGACCAUGUCUGGUCUGAUCUGAUUGAAUACACCCGCGUCAUGGAGUCGAAACCAGCCGCGAACGAGUGGGCCAUCGCAGGAUUUCCGCUCAAGGGCGCCAGGCCAAACCAGGUGUUGGAAGUGUGGAGUCUGUGCACCCAGGCACCACAUAGCUUUCGGCCAGGUGCGAGAGACUACUACAACCUGAUCAAGUCCCUCGUCCGGAAGACCCAGCCGAUGCUGAAGCCCGUCGAAGCCCUCAGGCAAAUCAAGCCGCUAUACGACGAUGCUGUCGACGCGUGUGAGCAGGCCUGGUGUGAGCUGAUGCAAACCACGCAGCAGGACGUGCCCAACCACCUUGCCUUUCGCCGCUACAAGGCCCUCGAAGCGAGGAGGAACCACAUGUGGUACAUGUUCCACUACAGUAGCUACCUGAUACUCAAGGGAGUCCGACCGGGCAUCAUUAAUGAUGAGACCGCCGUCCGAGAGAUACCGAAGCUGGUUGGCGAAUUUUGGCAGUUUCUUCCGCGGAAGGUCUCCUAUUCUAUCGCGACCGGCGACGUGGAAUUCUCUUCCGAAGCCGUGCGCGAGAGGGACGUGGUAGAAGUCGAGCAGAUCGUGGAGAAGCCGCGGCAGGCGCACGAAUAUCGGUCGGCGGCUGCCAAAGGGGAUGGGCAAGCCCACGUCUUGCGGCAGGAUCGGAGAGAUGGCUAUUCCGAGGACAAGGGCGAUCUUGUACCAGCGUCACCCGCAGCAGGGGAGGACCACGCCCCGGACUUUGACGAGCGGGUCGUGGGAGACGAACCUAGCCCAGGGCGUAGGAUGCCGCGGUGGUGGGUGAUAGAGAGGCGGGAGGCGGAGAAGCCGGCGUAUAAUUUCCGGCCGCCCUGGAACGCGCCAUCGGGCCAGCCGUCGAUGGAAACGAUACGGCGCGACGGCGGCGAGUUCACGGGUUAUUACGACGACCCACUGCGGCGGCACUUUGCGGCGUACAGGAUGACUCGGACGACGAGAAGGGUGUUCGGGGUGCCUGUCGACCUGGAGCGGAUCGAAGACGGGGAGGAGAACAAGAAGCGCCGCUCGAGAAUGGUGGAUGAGUUGCUGAGGAUGCGGACAUGA